AGCAAUUUAUUUUAAGACUGAUAUAAAUGCUAUUGAUAUUUAUGGCAAAUAUUCUGUAUUUAAUCUCAUUAGUUAUUAUCCACGUUUGGUUUUGUAAUUAUGUGGAAUGUUACUGCAAUUUGAACAGUUGUGACGAUUUACAUAAUUCGAUAUGUAAAGAGUCAAAUGAUCCAGUAAACCGCUGCAUCGAUUACGAAAAAACUGUUAUAACAAGCAAAGAUAAGCAAGAUAUUCUGGACAAAAUAAACAGCAGACGGAACAAAGUAGCAUCGGGUGAUAUACGUUCUCUCCCUUCUGCGGAAAACUUGAUAAAAAUGGUUUGGAGCGACAGUUUACAACAUUCUGCGCAAAGAUGGGCAGACCGUUGUUCGCCGUUUAAAGAGUUGGAUUAUAAAGAUAUCUGUGGAGAUUCAGAUGGUGUUAAAAUCGGUCAAAAUAUCGCCACAGUGGUUGGCGACGCACCUGGCUUGACGCCGGCGAUAUUAGUGGACGUGUGGUACAUGGAACUUUUGAACAUGAAUGCUUCAUUUAUAUCGCGAUAUCGCAAAUAUAACCAUUCACGUCAGCAUCAUUACGACUACUUCACACAACUAGUUUGGGCAGAAUCCUAUCAAGUAGGAUGCGGUGGCGUUAAGUUCAAGGAAUUCACCAAUGAUAGAAGAAACAGAACAAUCAACAGAUUAGUUUGUAAUUUCUCGCCAAGUGGUAAUCAAAUCGGACAAUCCGUAUAUCAUGAAGGUCAUCCUUGUUCUCACUGUCCUUUUGGCGGAUCCUGCGACUUGAAAUAUAAUUUUUUAUGCAAUGUUGAACUUCAAGAAAAUGCCAAAGAAAAUAUAAAAAGUUAUGGUGAAAUAUUUAAUAGCAAUCAACACAAUGCUACAAAUAAUGCAAAAAUAACAAACGCUAGUGGAAAUAUAACAAACAAUGAACAACAAAAAAAUACAGACAAUUAUUCUAAAGCUGUACUUGAGAAUGUUGAUUUAAAUCAUGGUGAAGAAAACGUAACAGGAUUUGAUUAUUUUGCUCACAUAUUACAUCUUACCAGUUCAACUAAAAAAACAACAAGUCAUAUAAAAACUUGCAAAGAUGUUAUACCUGUUGAAGAAUUUAUUGAAAUAUUUAAAAAACGCUUGAUAAAAGAUCAAACGUUGAAACAAUAUUUAUUGGCUUCAAAAGUUUUGGAUAGUAAAGAAAAUCUUGAAAAUGGAUACACCGAUGCGACCGUAGCUGAUAUUAUAAAUCAUAUACAUAGCACUAAAGCUACGUCAACAACUGUCAAACCAACAGAACCGGAUUAUUUUAACUCAACUCUACUUGUGAAUUUAGUCGAGGCAGUGAUUUUUAGAAAUAACGAUAAUACAUCAUUAAAAGAUGGAGCUGAAGAUACUACUGAUCCUAUGUCUGAUGUUAGUGCUGUAAAAAUUAAAGCUGAACUUGGAGAAGUUUUGACUAAUUUACAUUCUACCGGGCAUUAUUUCUUUCCUGAAGAUGACACUGAACAGAAUGCCAACGAAACAACAGAAUCGUAUUAUGAUAAUACUAGUGCAGCUGUAUCUGAUAUUGUAUUGGAAAUUCAGGAAUUAAAACGAGGUCAAGGAACUAAAGAUUUUUUGGAUGAAAUUAUUGAUUCCGAUUUAGAUACAGAUAAUGCGACCGAUGAUUUCCCAUCAUCUACAAUCAUAAAUACGGAUGAAAAUGGAAAUAACAAGAUAUUACCUGGAAAUUUCAAAAUUAUAUUGAUAAAGAAACCUUUAAGGAGACGAAAACGAUCAUUACGUAAGAAAUACACAGACAUGAAGAUUGGAAUAAAUGACAAAGAAAGGAAAAGAAAGACCCAUAAAGCACGAAAUAGUGAUAAGAUUGUUUAUGAAAUUUACUAUGAGGAUGUAUUGAGAAAACUUGCAUCAGAUUUAGGCGCUUUGAAACUAAACGAUCGCUUUCAUUGCACUGGAGCAAUUUCUCAUUCAGUACAAAUUAAAUCAACCUCUGUCAUAUUUAUCUUUAUUGCUUUAAAUUUAAUUUUAUGACAAGUUCUUAAUAAAAACGUUUAAAGGUU